AUGGAACUGAAAGCAUCACAUCGCCGGCUACUUUCUAACUUUCGUGUUGCUAUGGCGGAGAAGGAAAAGUACUCCAAGGUGAGGAACUGGCCGCGGAAAAUGAAAGAAAAUGCUUUGACGAACGCGGAAUUGGUUUUUCAGGCGGCGUUCUACCGCAACCAGGAAUGCGCUGAUGCGGAGAAAAUUGAAGGAGACGGCGGCAAACACGCUUGGAGUCCGACGCCCGACUACCGUGAGACCGCAGGGCGAAGGGUGUCUGUCGGCAACGUGAGUUCGUCACAGACAAACGACGACAGCCGAUCAUCACAACUCGAGUAUCCGUCUGAAGUUGAUAAGCACCAGUGA